AUGGGCGAGUUCGACUCGGACUCGGAGGACGAGCGCAUCGUCGUCGGCAAGUACGAGCUCGGCGAAGAGAUCGGACGCGGGACGUACGGCAAGGUCUACGCAGCGACGCACGUCGAGACGCGCGAGAAGGUCGCGGUGAAGCGACUCUUUGGCUCACCAACCACGUCGUCCCAUGACGACGAGCCGACGAUUAUGGCACGGCUGACGACGGCGCGCCACGUGCUGCAGAUCAAGGAAGUGGUGCGCCAGGCGCACCGUGGCGAGGAGGCUACGUUCCUUGUCUUUGAAUACAUGGAGAGCGACCUCGAGUCGGUGAUCAAGGCCACGGACGAUCUGCCGCAGCUCUCGACGGCCACGAUCAAGAGCUACAUGUACAUGGUGCUGCAAGGCCUCGCCGAGUGCCAUAAGCGCCACGUCAUCCAUCGCGACAUCAAGCCCAACAACGUCUUGCUGUCGCCCACCGGGAAUGUCAUGCUCGCCGACUUUGGCAUGGCCAUUUACGCCCCGGACGCGUCGCUCGAGAAGAGCUUUCAGGUCGUCACGCGCGCGUACCGGCCGCCCGAGCUGCUCUUUGGCCUCAAAACGUACACGGAUGCUGUCGAUAUGUGGUCGGCGGGCUGCGUCUUUGCCGAGCUCGUCUUGCGCCGCGUCUGGCUCGACGGUGCGUCCGACAUUGACCAGCUCAGUCUCAUGUUCAAGGCGCUCGGCAAUCCCAUCGAAAACAAGUGGACUGCGGCGACCUCGCUACCGUUCUACCUCGAAUUUGCACCGACGUCGCCGCCGUCGCUCGCUGCCCAGUUUCCGUCGCUGUCUUCCGCGGGCGUCGACCUCCUUACGCAGCUCGUGACGCUCGACCCGACGCGGCGUAUCUCGGCGUCGGCUGCGCUGGCGCACGCUUACUUUACCGAGGCACCGCUGCCGCUCGAUGCCAACUUGCUCCCGCUCGUGACACCGCCCGAGCGCGCCAACCGCAAGCGGCGUGCGACGUCGUUUGUCGAAGACGAGGUCACGGACGCCGCGACGCCCCGGGGCACCGCGGCCAAGGGACGCCGCCUCUUUUGA